AUGUCCCUUAUCAAAGACUUGCCAACCGCUGUCUGGCAUCACAAGUUUCGUGGACCAAGAGAAGCGGCCAGGUCUGGUUCGUGGCUGUAUCGUCAAAUCAAGUCUGAGUUUCCAGAAGCUAUAUUCGAGAAGCUCCAUCAACGGCAUCAGGCAAAGGCCAUUCGAAUUGGGCCGAAUGAGCUUCACAUCAACGACACGACACUAUACAAGGCCAUUUACAAACAGUCGAAUCCCUUCCCCAAGCAUGAGCAAUUUUAUCUAGGGUUCAACGCUAUGUCCCCUACGUCCUUCACUGAGGUCGACCAUGACAAACACAGAGAACGCCGGCGCAUGCUGAACCCCAUGUUCUCGCGUGCCGGUGUGCUCAAACUCGAAGAUCUUGUUUGUGACCUGCUGAAGCGGCAGGAAAACAAGAUUGAUAGGCUUCGAGAGAAGCAGGACAUCAACAUCUACGAUGCUUUCCGACUGACGCAUUUGAGCAGAAUCUUGACAACCAGCAUAAUCAUGGAGUUCUGCUCUGCAGACGGUGGUGGCAUGAUUGACGAGGACCCAAAUGGGUUCAAUUCAAAAUUUAUUCAGGCCUUCAUCGUUGUUGCCGAAGAGGUUAACACCUUGCAGCACUGUCCGUGGCUCCGUAUCCUUGUAAACAAUCUUCCGGAGGGACUGGUGAAAGCCCUGGAAACAUGGACAAUUGGACUGUUGAACUCACCUGUCGGGCCCGCCGGGGGAGGUAUUGGCACGGCUUAUGCUUUUGCAAACACCGAGAGCAAGGAUCUGCGCCAUCACAUCGCUGCUUGGAUAUGCGACAUGAGGCGCAUGCUUUUACUCCUCGUGUUUGACCAGUUAUCUUCGGCUGUUGAUGGUGAUCGUUCCGCUGGAAGAGCAUUCCGCACACGGAACAGCGGCAAGGAGUGCGGUCGGUAA